AUGGCCCGUACAAAGCAGACCGCCCGUAAAUCUACAGGAGGAAAGGCUCCCCGAAAACAGCUGGCCACAAAGGCAGCCAGGAAGAGCGCCGCAGCCACCGGUGGUGUCAAGAAACCUCACAGAUACAGGCCCGGAACAGUGGCUCUCCGUGAAAUUCGUCGUUACCAGAAGAGCACUGAACUUCUCAUCCGAAAACUGCCCUUCCAACGUCUGGUGCGUGAAAUCGCCCAGGAUUUCAAGACGGACCUGCGUUUCCAGAGCUCUGCCGUGAUGGCUCUACAAGAGGCCAGCGAAUCUUACCUGGUGGGUUUGUUUGAGGACACGAACCUGUGCGCCAUCCACGCCAAACGUGUCACCAUUAUGCCCAAGGAUAUCCAACUGGCCAGACGUAUUCGUGGAGAGAGAGCUUAA